GAUUCCUUGCAGUCUGAGUCGGGGAAACAACUGAGGUGCCGAUGUUGAUUGUCAGGUCAAGAGUUGGACAAUCUUUUCCCGGGAGGAAGAGCAGCUCAGUCUUGUCAAGGUUGAGCUUGAGGUGGUGAGCAGACAUCCACUGAGAGAUGUCAGCUAGACAAGCAGAGAUUAUUACUCAGCACUUAGAUAUCCUAAGGCCUAAUGAGUUAAGGAACAACUCGUUCACUUCCAGAUACGUGUCAAUCUGUUGCAAGGUCAGUAACCCAUUGAUGAGAAAAUAGAGGAAAUGCAAAACCCCGGAGAAGAGCCAAAAGACUCAACUUCAAGGCAAGCAUGAGUUACAGGACUGUGGUGAUGUACAUGGAGAUUGGCUGCUUUAUUGUCUGUGUAUUUGGAUGGAUCCUGGUGUGCUCCACCAUGCCCACAGAGAUCUGGACAUGGUCUGAGGUAGACAGCAUAGUCUUGACCACUUCAAACUACUUCUCCAACCUGUGGAAGGAUUGUAUAUCUGAUUCAACUGGAGUUUCUGACUGCAAAGGAAUUCCAUCAAUGCUUGCACUAAACUGGGACAUACAUAUGUGCCGUGCUCUCAUCAUCAUCUCUAUUAUACUGGCUUUUUUUGGAUCAGUGCUGGUCCUGGUGGGAAUGAAGUGCACUAAAGUUGGGGGAUCAGAGAUUGUUAAUGCAAGAGUGACCUUUGCUGGUGGGAUGAACUACCUUAUCGGAGGUCUGUGUUCAAUGACCGCUUUCUCUUAUUAUGGAAACAAAAUCAGAGCAGAAUUUCAGGACCCAAACUACAAAGCUCAGAAGUUUGAAAUAGGUGUUGGUGUCUUUAUUGGCUGGGGAGGCUCCACUUUACUUGUUGUUGGAGGCCUUAUUUACAGUAUCUUUGCAGGGAGGGAAGGAUUCGUCUCAAGUCCUAAAAAAGACCCUGACUACCAGUUGCCUAUGGACUACAGAAGUGUUGCAACAAAAAAAAGUAUUGCGUCUGUGGCAAUUACAGCGACGUCUUAUGGAAGGACCACCACCAGUGAUAGUAUUGGGAGCAGGAUUUCUGAGAUCACUUCUACCACAUCCACAUCCGCCACAAAUGCAUAUGUAUGACUUAAUUUCAAAGGUUGAAAGAUGAAAUGCACGGGUGGGCUUAUCAUUAGAUUUAUUUUAAAUUAUAAAAUGUUUUUCACCGCAGACACAUUCACAAAUAAGGAACGGCUCUGUGUCCCAAAACCUGUGUAUUAGUUAUUUCGAUAUGUUGCUGUUGUAGUAAUAGUUUGAACAAUGUAUAUAUUAACAUAUAAUAAAUAUUGUAAGAUGUUUUGGAAAUUUGCAAUAAAGCUAAACGCUGAAAAAAACAUUUAUAUAUUACACUUUGUUUCCCCCGGACCAUCAUCAGGAUUGAAAUCAUUCGCAUUAAUUGUCAUGAUGGAAAGUAUCGAAGUGCAUUUACUUGAACACUGUUUUUAAAUGGGACAUACUAUGCUCCUAUGUUU